CUCGCGGGCCGGGUCCGUGUCGUGCGUCGGUGGGCUCUCUGCGGCGGCGUCCGAGCGAACGCGGCUGCUGCUGCUCGGUCGGCGGGCGCAGGCCAGGCCCCCCCCGCGGCAGCGCGAGCCCGAGCGCGGCGUCUUCCCCGGCCGGUGGGGACGAGCGGGCCUCGCGGCGUCAUCGGCGGCGAGGAGCCGCCGGCGGCGGAUCGGUCCGACAUGUCGGAGGCGAGCGAGGAGCAGCCCAUGGAGACGACGGGCGCCACGGAGAACGGACACGAGGCCGCCCCGGAGGGCGAGUCUCCCGCCGGGCCCGGGACCGGUAGCGGCGGCAGCGGCGGUGGCGGUGGGGCCGCGGCGGGCACCGGGGGAGGAGGAGGAGGAGGAGGACCCGCCGCGCCGCCGAGCGGGAACCAGAACGGCGCCGAGGGCGACCAGAUCAACGCCAGCAAGAACGAGGAGGACGCGGGGAAAAUGUUCGUUGGCGGUCUGAGCUGGGAUACCAGCAAAAAAGAUUUAAAAGACUAUUUUACUAAGUUUGGGGAGGUCGUGGAUUGCACAAUAAAGAUGGACCCCAACACUGGACGGUCAAGAGGAUUUGGGUUUAUCCUCUUCAAAGACGCAGCCAGUGUGGAGAAGGUUCUAGACCAGAAGGAGCACAGGCUGGAUGGCCGUGUCAUUGAUCCCAAGAAGGCCAUGGCUAUGAAGAAGGACCCAGUGAAGAAGAUCUUUGUAGGGGGUCUGAACCCCGAAGCGACCGAGGAGAAGAUCAGGGAGUACUUUGGCGAGUUUGGGGAGAUCGAGGCCAUCGAGCUGCCAAUGGACCCAAAGUCCAACAAAAGGAGGGGUUUUGUUUUCAUCACCUUCAAAGAAGAAGACCCCGUGAAGAAGGUUCUGGAGAAAAAAUUUCAUACCAUCAGUGGGAGCAAGUGUGAAAUCAAGGUGGCCCAGCCCAAAGAGGUUUAUCAGCAGCAGCAGUAUGGCUCUGGGGGCCGCGGGAACCGCAGCCGGGGCAGCCGAGGCAGUGGUGGCGGCGGUGGAGGUGGAGGUCAGAGUCAGAGUUGGAAUCAGGGCUACGGCAACUACUGGAACCAGGGCUACGGCUACCAGCAGGGCUACGGGCCCGGCUUUGGCGGCUACGACUACUCGCCCUAUGGCUAUUACGGCUACGGCCCCGGCUACGACUACAGUCAGGGUAGUGCAAAUUACGGGAAGAGCCAGCGACGCGGUGGCCACCAGAAUAACUACAAGCCGUACUGAGGGCGCGGCGGGAGCGGCCGACGCCUGCACACGCUGGGUUUGGAUACGGAGUGAACGCAAUUAUGUACCAAAUUUAACUUGGCAAACUUUCUAUGGCCUGUCCCAUGUGCAUCUUAUUUAAAAUUUCCCCCUGGAAAUCACUCUCCCGUUUACUAUUUCCAGAGCGCUAGUUGUUUUAGGCAGCGUGUGGUGUCUCAGGCCAGGGUGGCAUUACGGGCUGAUUUUAUUACCAGGUUACCCAGAACCAGAUUGGAGGGUCUGCUUCCCGCUGCCGCUCUGCAGCCUGGCCCUGUGGACCCUGGUUGUAAAGAGUAAACUGUAUCUUAGGAAACCAGUGUCACCUUUUUUUUCACCUUUUAAUUUUAUAUUAUUUGUGUCAUACAUUUCCUGUAACGGAAGUGUUAAUUUUACUGUACUUUUUGGUACCUUUUGGGAAUCUAAUGUAUUGUAAGGUAUUUUACACGUGUCCUGAUUUUGCCACGACCUGGAUAUUGAAGCUAUCCAAGCUUUUGAAAUAAAAAUUGAAAAACCCCCAA